GUCGCAACCUCCAUUAUAUUCACGGACAAGCAGGUCAGAGCAUCAUCAUCCAUUCAUCCUCUUCUAUCUUCAGCAAUUUUUGACAAAUCUUCUGGCCUCCCAAGUCCCACCCCUUUAAUCCCUCAUUUUCAUACUUUGCAGGCACCAAUGGAUCAAUUUUUUCAGUCAGAUUCUCACAAGAAACCCACCACCACCACCACCCACCCUCAGAAGCACCACCAACCAUCCAACAGUGAGCUCCUCGCCAGCGCCAAGUUGGUGGCUGAGGCAGCCCAAGCAUCGAUGGGAAAUGAAACCAACAAAGUUGACAAGGCCAGGGUCGCUGGUGCCGCUGCUGAUCUCCUAGAGGCUGCCUCUCACUACGGAAAAUUGGAAGACAAGAGCUUCGGCAAAUACAUAGACCAGGCCGAGACUUAUCUCCACCAGUACAACUCCUCCCAUUCCUCCACCACCACCGGUAGUUCUGGCCACUCAGCAUCACACGCAGACGGUGGUGAUGGCCAUUCGGCUCAUUCUGGAAGUGGGUACGGGGAUUCCCAUAGUUCUGGCCACUCGGCCAGCACCACAUCUCACGCAGAUAGUGGUGAUGGCCACUCGUCCCAUUCUGGAAGUGGCGGGUACGGGGAUUACCUCAAGAUGGCUCAAGGUUUCUUGAAGAAAUAGUGAUUCCAACUGCUUUGCUGUAUUUUCAUUUUCUUGUCUUUUCCCCGUUGUAUGUUCUAUCUAUUCUGUACUUUUGUGCUUUGCUUUGUGGAUUUUUAGCCUUUGGAAUUUGGAUUGUAGUUUGACUGAAACAGAUCUAGUUAAAGUCUGUAAGAAUAUGUUCAGUGUGCUAAUCUCCGAUUUAGCCCAACAUGUAUUUCUCUCUUAUCUCAGAUUGCAAUAUCAGAUUAGAUCUAAAACUAGCA